AUGGCCGUCGCCUCGGAAGCAAUCACCAACAUCCUCCACCAACUAAUGGACGAAUACGGCUCUCGCCUCAGCAUCGACGGCGGCUCCGACGUCCUCGUAAGCGACCCUUCCCUCGCCAAAUCCCUCCACGAAGCCACCGAACCCGUCCGAACCCCCUUCGGCCCCAAAAUCACAAUCACCGCCCGCUCAACCCCCGAAGCACCCCGAGACCUGCCCAAUACCAGCGUCGUAGCAGCCGACGCCCUCCAGAUGGACCACUACACGCACGCCGUCUUCGGCAUCGACGCCGAAGACCCGAAAUACAUCCUCGAGGGCCUCAAGAAGAUGCUGUACGGGAUGCGGCCCAAGGGGUAUGCGAUUGUGAUUUCGUUGAAGCAUGAGACGAAGCGCGGGGAGAAUGGCGAGGGGGGUACGGUGAGUUUGGAGGAUAAGAUGAAGUAUCAGAGUAAAGGGAAGAUUGACAAUUUGAGUGAUGUGCUUUAUUAUGCUGGGUUUGAGAGGGGACGGAUUAGGAGUCUUGACAAGGUGGCGAAAUUGAGUGAUGGGAGGGAACAAGGGGCGGAGGUGAUUUUGGCGAUGAAAUGGGAUCAGUUGACUGCGUGA